AUGAGCUCUCUCCGCAUAUCAGACUGCCUAAACAAUUAUGCCACAUUCCCCAUCGGAAGCACCUACAUGAACCUUUACAAGUCGCCAGAAUCCACCAUGGAGUUAGUGAAUCCAAUGGGAGGAGAAGGAGGAGCGGGUAAAAAUCAGUCCCCCAGGGUUCUGGUGAAAAGUAAUUCCUGUAGGCAGGUGUACCUAAGAAGCUACAGUACCAUUGGCAGGAAAGAGUUGGUGCCUGAACAGAACGACAAGUGCUUCCAUCGAGUUAGGGAGAUCAGCGCGGUUGGUGGCGGCCGGAGGAGGAGGAGGAGAAGGAGGACAAAGCUUGUGGCCGGCGGAAAGAGGCGGUGGCGGUGUGUGAUGGUGGUGAGGAGAGUGAAGGAAUUCUCGUGUACCGUGUUUCGUGCUUUCCUCCAUAAGCUGCUAUCCUGCGCUUGGUGGAGAUCGAGAAGUGGUGGUGGAGAGAAGGCAGUUAUGGUGAUGGUGGCGGCAGAAGUUGGUAGUGUAGUGGUGAUGGUUGUAGUGAAUGUGAUGUGGUGGUGA